AUGAUUCAAUCAUUGAAACUACUAUCUAGAACUACACGUCUGUCAAUCUUGUCAAACAGCAGCAAGAACAACUUAAGAUCUAUUGUAACAAACAAUAGACGAUUGACAUCUUUGAGUCUCGCACCAAGCUUACAACAACAUACUACUCGAUCAUACUCUACAAACACAAAUAAUAAUACAACAGAACAACAACCAAAUGAGAAUGAUUUAUUGAAAGAGCUAUUUAGUAAAGACCCAAAAGUCAAUGUAGAGUCGAAUCAAGCAAGAUUGUUCAUACAGGUGGAGCCUACACCAAAUCCCGACAGUCUAAAGUUCGUACCUGGCAUCGAAGUGAUGAAGCCUGGCCAAACGAUGGACUUCCCCGACUUCAAGUCAUCACAAACAUCACCUCUGGCCAACGCCAUCUUCAAACUCGAUGGUGUCAAUCGUGUCUUUUACGGACCAGACUUUAUCUCUGUAAACAAGUUCCCCGAGAACGAGUGGGCCAUACUCAAGCCUCAGGUCAUGGGAGCGAUUGUUGACUUUUAUCACAGCGACAGGCCACUUCUGUCGGACAGCGCACAGAUGUCAAACUCAGACACGUUGAUCUUGCCAGAGGACGAUGAGGUCGUGGCUAUGAUCAAGGAGUUGAUUGAGACUCGUGUCCGCCCAACACUCAUUGAUGAUGGUGGCAACAUUCAGUAUCUUGGCUUCAAGGAUGGAAUUGUGCUGGUAAAGCUACAGGGCACAUGCUCGUCUUGCUCCAGCUCACAGGCAACACUCAAGGGUGGCAUUGAGCGCAUGCUCAUGCAUUGGAUCAGCGAGGUCAAGGGCAUCAUGGCAGUGACAGACGACGAGCUAGACAAGCUCAACCUCGACUUCUUCAACAAGGUCGACUCAGAGAUUGGCAAGAAGGAGGACACAUCUGCCCCAAAC